GUAACUAGUGCUUCAGUUCAGGUUUUGAUUUACAGCACCACAAAAAAGCCACGUGCGUUUGCAUCGCGUGGAAAGAGUUUUUGGCACAAUUCGCUCCGGCAGCUGAUCUUAUUUGUUCUACGAAGGCGCACAAGAACAUGUCUUUCCGAGGAGGUGGUGGAAGAGGUGGCCGUGGUGGCGGAUUCAACCGUGGUGGAGGGGGAAGAGGAGGAUACGGUGGUGGUGGUGGUGGAGGAUAUGGGGGUCGAGGUGGUGGCGGUGGUUUCCGAGGUGGACGAGGAGGCUUCCAGGACUAUGGCCCUCCAGAAUAUGUUGUUGCCCUAGGGGAGUUUAUGCACCCCUGUGAGGAUGAAAUUGUGUGCAAGUGUGUAACGGAGGAGAACAAAGUUCCCUACUUCAACGCGCCUGUGUACUUGGAAAACAAGGAGCAGAUCGGGAAGGUGGAUGAAAUCUUCGGUCAGCUACGUGACUUUUAUUUCUCUGUCAAACUCUCUGAUAAUAUGAAGGCUUCCUCGUUCAAAAAAUUACAGAAGUUCUACGUAGACCCAAUGAAACUCCUACCACUACAGAGGUUUCUUCCCAGACCACCGGGUGAAAAGGGUCCCCCAAGGGGAGGCAGAGGAGGUAGAGGUGGAAGAGGAGGUCCCCGCGGAGGUGGAUUCCGUGGUGGCAGGGGUGGUGGUGACCGUGGCGGAUUUGGAAGAGGAGGCUUCGGUGGUGGGCGGGGAGGAGGAGGAUUCAGAGGAAGAGGAGGCGGAGGCGGACGAGGAUUCAGAGGUGGCAGAUGAUGACAAACACUGUAUGCCCCGUGGGAUCCUCACCAAGUGUCAAUCCCUACAGGAAGCAAAUCAGUGCAAUGCGAUGCUGGAGCUUGGCUCUGUUGGACUUGACAUGGAGAAUGAACAUUUCAUCUUUUUAUACUGCGCAAUUAUCAAUUUGUUUGGUUUUUGUAUACCAAUCUAUGAUGAAUGUGUGAAUUAAUGGCUUUUUAUUUAAUGAACCUUGAAAGCACUCUGCUGUCACAGGGAAUAGUAUCAUUAAUGUCCCAGUUUUUGCAACUCUUCAACGUUGUUCACACUGGAUGGUUUGGGGGUACAUUUAGGAAGUGUCACGGUGUUAUACUGUUGAAUAUGAUUGAGAGCUUUCAUGUUGGAGUGCAAUGUUGAUAAGAGACAGAAAUGGAUAAUACCUGGAAUUUUAUAAGACAUAUAAGGCUUGGUUUGGUAAGUGGAAGAUAUGAUGGACAUUUGUAUUCAUUACAAUCAGUGGAAAAUAUUGUAUUUACCCCAGAAAUCUAAUGUGGUUACAGAGUACUGGCACCUUGUGUAAAGAAAAGCCUUUGAUUAAAUAGUGCUCUGUAGAAGUUUCUCCUGUUUUUAUUUGGACUUCUAACUUAAUGUCUUAUUUUUUGCUCAUGCAAAAAUAAACAAGUGUUCCGGAAUUGGAACAAUACCUCC